UCUUUCCCGCUCGCGCGCAAUUUUGGGUGGGCUCCUGGCGAUAUAAAUACGAGCUCAAACUUACCCUUAAUCAUAAACUCUUUAGUCGCAGAACUAAUAGCUUCUAGUUUCUCACGCAGCCACAAACCCUCACCUCCUUCACCAUGUACAAGCUGUUGAUCGUCGCUCUGGCUCUUAUCGCCGCCGUCGCCGCCUCCCCCUACGGAUACGCAGCUGCCCCUUACGCUAGCUACGGAUACGCCGCCGCCCCCUACGCUAGCUACGGAUACGCCGCCGCCCCCUACGCUGGUUACGGAUACGCCGGAUACGCCGGAUACGCUGGUUACGGAUACGGUCGUGGUGCUUACGGAGCCUACCCCUACGCUGCCUACGGAUACGGUGCCUACCCCUACUACAAGAAGUAGAUUACUUCUUCCCCAAAAGUUCCUGUGAUAUCUCAUCUAUAGCUCAAACAUGAUUCUCCUUUUAAUGUACCAGAUGCCAUACCAGUUUUUACCUCAAAUUUGUAAUAUUUUUUGUAAAGUUUUCAGUUCUGAGACUACUGUGUAGUUUAUGUAAAAUACAAGUUAAACUCCCACACCCAAAA